CAGCUACAUUGCGUAGUUUGACAGGAGAAAUGUGCCGUUGUUCACAAGAGGAAAAUCCCAGGUCGUGUGUGUUAUCAUGGGGCGUUUUCACGGAGACUGUCUUACAUCUGUUUAUAAAUUACUGUUAUAAAUGCUGAAAAUUAACCUCGACUCUCAUGUUCCUUAUCAGCCCAACACGUGUGUCCCAUUUUUCCAUUUUGCUUCAGCACACGAUUCGUCCUCUCCUAAUCUAGCAUGUUAGCCUGGGAUGCAAAUAACCGAGAAACGUCCUGCAGCCAAUUAUUUGCAUGUACACAAAUCAUGAAGGCAUGAGCAGGGCCACCAGGAGGGAGGUAUAAAUGUAUGGGCGCGCUCACCUGGGCCUCUAUGAGCAUGUCUGCAUAUGGCUUUUAAAUGGCUCACUGUAUCACUGCUGCUGGACUAGAAAGCCAAAGUGACCUCCUGCAAGCACACUGUAGCCCAUAAGCCACAAGUCAUGAUGGAGACAGAGUAUUCAAAGAGAGUGUACCAAGGUGUGAGGGUCAAGCACACAGUCAAAGACCUGCUAGCUGAGAAACGAUCAAGGCAAACAAAUGUACCACGAUUCAGCGCUGCAGCCAGUUCCUCCCAGCCUUCUUUUGUACAAAUGCCAGGUGCUCACAUGCUUCCUGGAUACUACAGCAUGCGCAGGCCUUUCCUUCCUGAUUCCGAGCUGUGCCACCCAAUGAAGCAGUACCCCUCAGACUCAUACUCUUCUGCUCUGGGCACCAAGGCCUUCUCUUACGAGCACUCGUCCAGCUACCCCUCUUUCAUUGACAGCUACUACCAGCCAGAUUCGUUCGGAGAUUACAGGAGUGCGACUGCUUACACAGCUGGCGGAGGGUCACUGUUUUCCCCGUCUGCACUGUCUACACUGCUGCCUCUGUCCGGCGAGACAUCAUCACAUCUGCUCCUGAGAGAUCCAUGGGAGCAGCCUUCAGAAGAUCACGUCAGUCAGCCGGAGGUUCUUUGCCCUGAAGGCACAGCCCCGGUGGCAGAUUCUCCGUCUCUGGGUGCUGAUUCGGGCAGUUCCUCUCCAUAUCGGCUUUCGACGAGCCGCAGCAGUGGAUCUGUCCCCUCAAGCUCCCAGCCUUACACUCUGCAAACGCUGGAAGAUGUCCAUUACCCAGCAGCCAGCUACAGCUCAGCCUCCAGCUACUCCUGCCCUCCAUACAUGACUAAUCCGGGCGAUCUGACCGUGGUGAAGAUGGCGUCCGUGUCUUCAGACGAGGCUGGUAGUGGUGUAGCAUCUCUCAGUGACACUACUGCUCAAGCCUGGGCCAAAGAUGAUGGAAGCAGCUCGUGGAUGUCCUAUGAGACAAGGCGGGCUUUUUAAAAAGGCACUGAAGCCUUUAAGCGGAUGUAGAACUGAACUUAUGAAGAAGUUAUAACCUGAAAUAUGGCACCCAAGAACUGGUGGAUUUUCAGCUGAAGUUUGCAUAAAAGCCUAUAUUUAAUGAGGUCUAUAGCUGUGAAAAAGCUUCAAUCUUGUUGUUGUUGUUUUGUUUUUUUCUUUGUAGAGAUUAGGAAAUUGAUUUUAACAUGACCUCAAAUGAAUACAGGUUCCUUUUGGAUUCAUUGACAGUUAUUAUGAUUAGCUCUAGCAAAUAAUUUGUGGGAGGAUUUAGUAAUCAACAAUCUUUCAUUAGUCUGUUUCUUUUAAGAAUGGUACUGAUAUAUUAAACAUGUUUCAGACUAGACAUUUUACACCAAUAUGAAGGUUAAGAGCCUUUGCUGGAGAUAUUUUCUAAUAUAUGCUAAUGCUGACAUUUUAGAUUUAUUUCAAUUUUACAUUUUAGACGAUAAUAGAUCAAAUUACACAGGCUUUGCAACUGCUGUAAAACUACACUUUGUCUAUCCAAACAUUGCAUUUUCUCCUUCCUUGGACAGACAGGAACACCUGAAACUUGGGUUAAUUAUUAUAUAAUUAUUUUUAUAUUAUUUCUGUCAAUACAUAUUUGUCAAGCAAUAAUAGUAAAGUGGUGAUGUGAGGGUAAAAACAAAAAUUAUCUGCAUAUGUUCUAGUACUGUUGUGCAUCCCCGCAUUAUUAGGGACUUCAUAGGACUGGUCACAGGUAGUUAAAGAAGUAGAAACAGAGAUAGGUUUUGCAGUUCAUAUUGUUUGUCUUAUGUUCUUGUGUCAAGAAAACUAUCAGAGGAAAAUAAAAGACUUUUGUUUAGUCACAAAUGA